AUGGGCAUCAAUAUGUCAGUUGUGGAGAUCCCCAAGUUCUGGAUCCUCCAGUCGAGCCCUGCGCUCUUGUUUGUUUGCUGCCCUGGACCUCAUCAGGAGCGCUCAGACUCCGGUGCUGCGGGCUACUCUGCCCGCUGGCUCUGGGUAAAGGAGCAUCUGUUACCUGACGUCUCUGCAGACAGUGAUUUAGAGGUGGCCGAACAGGUCGAGAGCAAGGACAAUGUCCUCAAGAAACUCGUCAGUUUUGGCUUUAUUUACAAGAAAGCUGUCCUGCAGUGGAAACUGGACCCAAUUACCAUCCUCUGUGAAGUGGUGGCAAAAGUGGUUGAGCCCUUAUAUUGCAAUUCAGGUCUCUCAGCAGCCAAACUGCUGACUGAGUCAGGCUUGAACGUGGUGUUGCUGGAAGCCAAUGACAGAGUUGGUGGAAGAACCUUCACUGUGAGGAAUAAGCAAGUUAAAUAUGUGGACCUUGGAGGAGCUUACGUGGGGCCAACACAAAAUCGUCUCCUGCGGUUAUCUAAAGAGUUGGGAAUAGAGACAUAUAAAGUGAAUGAAGUUGAGCACCUGAUACACCAUGUCAAGGGCAAGUCUUACCCCUUUAAAGGUCCAUUCCCUCCUAUGUGGAAUCCAUUGGCCUACCUGGACUACAACAACCUAUGGAGGACCAUGGAUGAAAUGGGAAAGGAGAUUCCCAGUGAAGCCCCAUGGAAGGCUCCACAUGCAGAAGAAUGGGACAAAAUGACUAUGCAAGAUUUCAUAGAUAAAAUUUGCUGGACAAAUGCUGCCAAGAGUUUUGCAACUCUGUUUGUGAAUGUGGAUGUCACUUCUGAACCCCAUGAGGUCUCUGCGCUUUGGUUUUUGUGGUAUGUGAAGCAGUGCGGGGGGACAACAAGGAUAUUCUCAACAACCAACGGAGGGCAGGAGAGGAAGUUUGUGGGGGGCUCUGGCCAGAUCAGUGAGAAAAUAAUGGAGCGCCUGGGAGGCCGGGUGAAGCUGAGGAAGCCAGUCGUCCGCAUCGACCAGUCGGGUGAAAGUGUCAUAGUGGAAACCUUAGAUCAUGAAUUAUACGAGGGCAAAUAUGUGAUCAGUGCCAUUCCCCCAGCUCUUGGUUUGAAGAUUCAUUUCAACCCACCUUUGCCGCCAAUGAGAAACCAGCUCAUCAACCGAAUCCCCAUGGGCUCAGUCAUCAAGUGCAUUGUGUACUAUAAGGAAACUUUCUGGAGAAAGAAGGGGUAUUGUGGUACCAUGAUCAUUGAAGAUGAGGAUGCUGCAAUUGGUUUGACACUUGAUGAUACUAAGCCUGAUGGCAGCUUUCCUGCCAUAAUAGGCUUCAUUCUUGCUCGGAAAUGCAGAAGACUGACAGGUCUCACAAAAGAAGAAAGGAAGAUGAGGUUGUGUGAGCUUUAUGCAAAGGUUCUGGGAUCAGAAGAAGCUUUACAUCCAGUGCAUUAUGAAGAGAAGAACUGGUGUGAAGAGCAGUAUUCUGGGGGCUGCUACACAGCUUACUUCCCACCAGGCAUAAUGACUCAGUAUGGAAGGAUUAUUCGGCAGCCCGUUGGCAGGAUCUAUUUUGCUGGCACAGAGACAGCCACGGAGUGGAGCGGAUACAUGGAGGGGGCUGUACAGGCUGGAGAAAGAGCAGCCAGAGAGAUACUGUUUGCUAUGAGGAAAAUCCCAGACAGUGAAAUUUGGAAGCCAGAACCUGAAUCAAUUGAUGUUCCAGCUUUGCCCAUCACUACAACCUUUUGGGAGAGGAACUUGCCAUCCGUGCCCGGACUGCUAAAGCUGAUUGGAUUUUCUGCUUUCUUCACCUCUGUGGCUGCAGCUGGGUUAUUUGCCUACAAAAAGGGACUUCUAGUUCAAAACUGACAAAGGUGCCAGCGCAAAGCCUCACACUUGAGCAGUAGAGAGAAGAGGCUGGUGGGAGGGACAAAGGAAGGGGAUCCAUAUUGAAAAAGAACCCCUUGAAUCCAGGCCUACUUCUAACAGUAACUUUUUGGUUGUUGAAUUUCUAGGAUACCCUGCCAAGCAUUACCACCUUGAGGUUUUUAUCCAGAUCUCAGAACAGAAGUGACAAAAUGCCUCUAUAAAGACUGUUCUGAUGAGAUUUCCAGUUGUUUUUAUGCUUAUAUCUGAACCAGACUCUGAACUCCCAAGUCUUCACAGGCACUUCCAUCUCUAGUUGUAAAUGAAGGUUUUCUGCCUCCUUGUGUGGUAGACUGAGAAAAGAAAUCCAUAGCUUAAAGAAUAAUUAACUAGCUUAUGCAAAUUACUGGGAAGGAUCUUUUUAGUGUUUUUAUUUUUUACCCAGAUGUCCAGAGCCUAGGCAGCACCUAAGGGACAAGUCAGGCUAAAUUUAUCCAUCCUAACUAUGCAAGUGUGGCCAUAGGCCGUUGGCAUUUCCAGUGGCACAUUUGUCCUACUUGGAGUUAAGGGACAAUGUUUUACUGCCUUUGGCAAUGUGGUUGAAUUUCGGGCUCCCCAGCUGUGUUCACAAUUCUGGGAGUGGCAGAAC